UGCUCAAAAUCGCCUGUUGUGUUUUUACCCAUUUACAGGGUAAGAGUGGUGGGCAAACAGCCAGGGAAUAUGGUUCUUGCUUUUAUUUUGUUCUCGUUGUGCUUGUGGCAUCUGGUUGGUGUGUUUGGUGAUGAUGCAGAUGAAGUGAAGUCAGUGUCAGUGAUGAAGGGAGAUUCUGUCACUCUAAACAUUGAUGUUACUGAAACACAGAAAUAUUUGUUGAUACAGUGGACGUUCGGAAGCACUCGAAUAGCUGAAGUCAACAGGCUCACGCAAACCAACUCAACGUAUGAUGGUCCGGAUGAGAGAUUCAGAGACAGACUCAAGCUGGAUCAAACCGGAUCUCUGACCAUCACAAACACUACAACCACAGACUCUGGACUUUAUCAACUAACAAUUGUCAGCAGAGGGUCCAGUUACAUUAAUUUCAAUCUUACAGUCUAUGAUGUGACAAAUGAAGUGAAGUCAGUGUCAGUGAUGGAGGGAGAUUCUGUCACUCUAAACACUGAUCUUACUGAAGUACAGAAAUAUUUGUUGAUACAGUGGAUGUUCGGAAGCACUCGAAUAGCUGAAGUCAGCAGGCUCAUGCAAACCAGCUCUACAUAUGAUGAGAGAUUCAGAGACAGACUGAAGCUGGAUCAAACCGGAUCUCUGACCAUCACAAACACCAAAACCACCGACUCUGGACUCUAUAAACUAACAAUUGUCAGCAAAGAGACCAGCUACAUGAGUUUUAAUGUUAAAGUCUAUGCGACUCCACAAUAUUCUUCAUCAUCAGAAAGAUCAGCAAGCUCAAAUUGUGUGUCGUCCAGCUGUGCGUUGAACAAUUCCACCAUCAACCAGACUGAGGAUGCCAACAUUACUGAUCUCUAUCAGCCAAGUUCAGAUCACAUCCACUGUUGUGGUUUUACUGAAGCUGUGAUCCGAUUGGUCGUCUCUGCUCUGGUGGGUGUAGCUACUGUUGCUGUGCUGGUUUAUGACAUCAGGUCUACAAGAAGUGAGCUGAUCAGAACAAAAGAUACCAGACAUCACCAUCAGACCCAUCGAGUAAAAUCAGACCAACAGUAUGAAUUGAGCAGAAGGUUUAGAUAUCCAGAUAUAAAGCAAAACAUAUAUUGAUGCUUAUUAAUGCUCUGCACCUUUCCUGUUCCUUGCACAGCUAUUUAUUAACAGAUCAUUUUUGCAUUCAUUGAUUAAUUUGAUUGAUCUUUUAAAUACGUCACUCUAAAUAUAAUUACUGUAAGCAAAAUAAUAAUUAGUAGCACAAAUAAUGGCAUAGAAUGAUUUCAUAAGCACUCGUAUUUGUUCACUCCUGAAAUGAAUCUCACAGAUGUGACUGAUCUGCAUUUUUUGGUGACUUUUAAUAAAGAUUUAGUUUUACAACAGGG